GUGGCAAUGCAAAUAUAAUGAUAAGGUACGGUUUUUAUUUACCGAUUACUGAAACAUUAAAAUAUCAUUAAAAAUUAACAUGUUCUUCGUGUACAUUUCGCAACUGGCAACUGGUAUUCUCUGAGACUGUUUUGUGUUCUUAAGACAGACAUACAAAAACAAUAUAUUACAACGUGUGCUUCUUGAUAGCAAACAUGCCAACCGUACAGUUUUUUUCUUUACGAAAAUGCUAAAAUAGUGUAACAGAAUAUUUGAAUUUUAGUAAUCAUAUAUAGCGACAAUAAUGUCGUUUUAUUUAAUUAUUUUCAUUAUUAGUGUAAUAAAUUUUGUAUAUUCCAAUCAAGUAGUGUCUAGAUUCGAAUACAAGUACAGUUUCAAACCCCCAUACUUGGCUCAAAAAGACGGAUCUGUACCAUUUUGGGAGUAUGGCGGAAAUGCAAUUGCUAGUGCAGAUAAUGUAAGAAUUGCCCCAUCCCUUAAAAGCCAAAAAGGUGCAAUAUGGACAAAAACUCCAACUACAUUUGAUUGGUGGACUGUAGAAAUAAAUUUUAGAGUUAGUGGAAGAGGAAGAAUAGGUGCUGAUGGCUUGGCUUUUUGGUACACAACUUCUAAAGGUGAUUAUCAAGGACCCGUGUUUGGCAGCUCUGAUAAAUGGAAUGGAUUGGGUGUGUUUUUUGACUCAUUUGAUAAUGAUGGCAAACAUAAUAACCCGUAUAUUAUGGGAAUUGUAAAUGAUGGAUCUAAAGUUUUUGAUCAUGCUAAUGAUGGUUCUACACAACAACUAUCUGGGUGUUUACGAGAUUUCAGAAAUAAGCCGUUUGCAACUCGAGCAAAAAUUGAAUAUUAUAUGAACACAUUAACAGUUUUCUUUCAUAGUGGAACUACCAACAAUGCUGAUGAUUUUGAAAUUUGCUUUAGAAGUGAACAAAUUUACUUACCUAAAAAUGGAUAUUUUGGUGUCUCAGCUGCUACUGGUGGACUUGCAGAUGAUCAUGAUGUAAAUCAUUUUUUGACAUACAGUCUAUAUCCUCCAGGAACAACAUUUAAGACUGCUGGAGCACCUCCUCCCACAUCAGUUGAUGAAGAGCAAAAGUUGACUAAAGAGUAUGCAGAUUAUCAACGUAAAUUAGAACAAGAAAAAGAGGAAUAUCAAAAGCAACAUCCUGAAACUAAAGUAAAACACGAAGAAAACGAAUUUGAUGAUUGGUUUGAAACUGAUAGUCAAAGAGAACUAAAUCAAAUAUUUUCUGGACAAAGUGCUAUUGUAGAUUCAGUGAAAGUGUUAAGUCAAAAACUUGAUGAAGUUGUUGGGCGUCAAGAAAGAACUCUUAGUUUGUUAUCAACUGUUCAGUCUUCUUUAGCACUUGCUGGCACAAUGGUUGGACAACAACCAAAUGCACAAGUACCUCAAAUGCAAAUGAAUACAGGAAUAAUGAGACAAGAUGUUGAAUCUUUAAUUAAUACUCAAAACAAUAUAAUUAAUUCUAUUAGAGAAGUCAGAAAUUAUAUAGUAGAAGUACAUACAAAGGCUGAUAACAUAAUUAGAAAUCAAGCCCAUCAACCAACUGCUCAAGUUCAACCUGUUGGUGGAUACGAUUCUAUAUCAAUGAUGAAUGAAAUUAGAGACUCUCUAAAUAUAAUUAAACAUGCACAAACUGCACAAAAACCACACCAUGCACAACAAAUGUCAUGCCCUACAUGUGCAUCAAAUACUAUUAUUAUUGCUGUUGCAGUUUGUCAAACUUUAUUAUUCAUAAUUUAUGCAAUUUAUAAGAAUAAUAAGGAAACACAAGCGAAAAAAUUCUAUUAGAAAUAGAAUUGGCACAUAUUAGUGAAAUUAUCCAAUAAAACAUUCCGCCAUCAUUGGUAUAAAACAUAUAAAAUCAUUUUGUUUUUGUCUUUGGAUAAAGUUAUAUUAUAUUAAUAUUGUUUAUUGAUAAGUACCAAGAUUUUUAAAUAUAAUUGUUUUUAUAUUUUGUUGCAUUUAAAAUUAAGUGUUGUGAUGUACAAAAUUAUACAAUAAUAGUAACAUAAUCUCAUUUAAAUAAAUAUUUUUGUGUUUUAAUAUAUAAAA